ACCAGUUUUUGCUUCACUGGUAUUACAGAGAGAAUUGCGGCACAAAAUGCCCGGUAUUUUGAGUAAGAAGAUGCAAAUCACGAGAAUAACAACCCUUUGCUUGCAAUCGAUUUUACUAAUCCUUCAAUUCUUCGCACUGUUUGCUUGUGUCGGAUAUUUUGUCAAUUAUAUCUAUGUCUUCGCUAAUUUGAGAGAUGAGUACUACUAUCCGGUGAUUAUAUUCUUCACGACCAAUGGUCUCAUACUAAUGGGCAUCUGGAAUACAGUUAUCAUAUUUUUGGCACUUUUGCUCAUUGCUCUCAUACAACAGGAGGGGUGGGCAGGGAUGAGGAGACGGGCGCCGAGAGAUACUACGGUUGCCAAUACUAUUGCUAACCCAGGGGCUCAACAGUAUAGCUAUUUGGAUAACAACCCGCCCCCGGAUUAUAAUUCAGUCAUCAUGAGUAAGCCACCGCUGACCCCACCAUCUUAUCAGUCCGUCGAGUUAAUGCCCGUCCAAACAGUUAGUUCAAUGAGCCAUUGGCAACGAGUAAACUCAAGUAUUUUCAACCGUUUUGGUCAGAGGAGACUGUUUGGACCCCCGACUACUAAUGGCUUGAUUGUGAUCGACCAGAAAAAGAAAUCCAAAAAUAAUGACCUAAUUAUAAUUCAUCCGGGAAUGAUGCAAAGUGAUCCAGGACUCUUUGGACGUCCACUCCUCAAUAGAUUGCCAGACCACCGAUUUUGGACAGACCGCCGCCCCUACCAGGAGGACUCGGAGGGCUCGGAGGGCUCGGAGGGCUCGGAGGACUCUUUGACUCGAGUCGUCAACUAA